CAAUGCUAUUAUUGUUAAUAAUUGGUGUGAGUGCUGUUAAUGUUACACUAUUCUAAGCUGAUUCUGCACUCUACUCUCUUCAAUUUUGUCUAAUGCGCAAUUCUAAUAGAGAAGGCAAAGAUUGGUUAGAAACUAUAUUUGCAUUAUCUGAAAAAGGAAGAAUUUACAAAAGUAUUGAUAAUGGAUAUAAGUGGAGUGAUGAAACACUUACUUUAGAAAAGAUGGGUAUAAAUGAUUGGUUUUAUGAGAUCUAAUCAUCCCCUGCUAAAAAAGAAAUAAUCUAUAUAUUUGGUAAAAAUGGCACAGGAAUAAGAUCUGAAGAUUGUGGAUCACAUUACACGUGGUUUACAUUUCCAAGUAAUUAUUCAGAUUUUAAAUUGAAUUCAAUGGAUGAUAAGUGGAUGUUAGCUUUUUCUAAUUGUGAAAGAUGUAUUCCUCCCUAUAACAAAGAAGUACACAAAUCAAAUGAUGGAGGUAAAACUUGGUAAUGGAUUCUCAGUUCAGCUAUGAUGGCUUCAUGGGAUAAACUUAUUGAUAGUGAAUUGAUACCAGAUGAAAGAAUUGUGGCAUGUCAUUUAGAAUACAAUUAAAGUAGAGUCACAUAUUCAGACGAUUAUUACAAUUCAUAUAAGAUUAUACAUAAUAAUGGAACUGGUUUCUUUUAAACUUAAUUUCAUAUGUUUGUAAUAUCUAAAUUUUAAUCUGCCUAUAGAUUACAUGUAGCACCUGCAUUUUAUGAUUAUGCUCAAAUGAUUAAUGUAUCCAUUCCCUUUGAAUAAUAAUACUCCUAUACUUUAUUAGACACAGAAUCAGAAUCAAUCUUUUUAUCUAUAUCUCAUAAUCAAACCAAUAAGAAACUCACUAAUAUUUAUACAUCUGAUUAUCAAGGAUUCAAAUUCACCAUAUCAUUGUUAAAUAAUGUGAGAUCCUUGGAUACAGGUUAAUGUGAUUUUGAAAAGAUUGAAAGUCUAAGAGGUGUUUAUAUAGCUAAUAUCUAUGACCAUGAAAAACUCAAAGUUAUUAAGGAAACUGAUCUUGAAAAAUAUAAAAAGACAGUAAUAACUUUUGACAAAGGAGCUAUUUGGCAUCCUCUUAAGGCUCCUGUGACUGAUGUUAAUGGAUAAUAGACUCAUUGUAGUGGAGAUUGUUCAUUACAUCUUUAAGGGAGAAGUGUAAGCAAAAUAUAUAGAGAAUCUAAAGCAAUCGGAUUGAUUAUGGCAUCAGGUAAUUUGGGAUUAUAUUUGGAUGAAAAGAAUAUUAAUACUUAUUUUUCAAGAGAUGGAGGUAUGAAAUGGUAUGAAGUAAGAAAAGGACAUCAUAUCUAUUCAUUUGGUGAUAGAGGUGGCAUAAUUGUUAUGGCCAAAUCAAAAUCUUUAACAGAAGAAUUGUUAUACUCUUGGGAUGAAGGUUAAACUUGGGAAAGCCUCAAAAUUAAAAAAAUGAUUGUUACUUCUAUAACAAGUAGAAGUUUGUACAUAAACUUUAUAAUUACAGGUUUAGAUGAAAAGAGAAAAGGAAUCAUUUUAAAUGUGGAUUUUACUACUUUACAUUAAAGAACUUGUAGUGGGAUUUGGGAUCCUUUAGAUCCAGAUAGUGAUUAUGAAUUUUGGGUACCAACUAAUUAUGAAAAUGGUAAAUGUUUAUUUGGAUAAAAAUAUCGUUAUACUCGUAGGAAAAGAAAUGCUAAAUGUUUCAAUCAAUAAGAUCAUGAUAAAUUGCAUUUUAUUGAGUCUUGUGAAUGUACAAUAGAGGAUUGGGAAUGUGAUUAUGGAUUUUAUCAUAAAAUUGAUGGUGGUCCUUGUGUACCUAUAGCAACUUUAUUUGAAGAAGAUGAAUAUAUUGAUAUUUUGAAACCUCCUGAAAAUUGUACAGGUACAUACAUGAAAUCUUAAGGGUAUAGAAAAGUUGUAGGAGACUAUUGCACAGGAGGGUAUUAUAAAAUAAAAAACUAAUUAGUAUUGAUUUAGAUCCAAUUGAAACACCAUGUUAAGUAGGCUUAUAAUAAAGUAUAUCAAAUCAAUCUUUACCAUAAAUUUCAAUUAAAGAAGAAUAGAAAAUUUUAUAAGAUAAAUUGAAUAGUAAUGAAUAGAAGAAUUUAAGUGUUAUUAAUAAAUAGAAUAAUUUUUUUGUUAUUUGGAUAUUAGUAAGUAUUGUUAUUGCUUUUUUUGUGUUUAUUUUAUGUAAAAAAAUGAAGGCUAAGUAGACUUAAGUGCCAAAAAAGGAUUAUUAUUAUGGUUUUGAGAGAGGAGAACGAAUUAGUUUGAGAGAAGAUGAUGGUAUCUGAU